AUGUCGAGCUCAGCGCGGGCCUCCAAUCGAAAGAAAAAGGCUGCAUUGGACUCGACGAAUGCUAAAGAGAGCACGGGCAGAGCUGGACCGAAGGCUCACCACAGAUCACGAUCAGGCUGCUUUACGUGCCGACUGAGAAGGAAGAAAUGCGAUGAAAUCCGUCCAAUUUGCGACUCGUGUUCAACUCACGCUCUGAAAUGCGAGUACAGACCACCUCAGUGGUGGGCCACAAACGAGAAAAAACGCGGUCAGAGGGAAAGGAUCAAAGGUAGGAUCCGGCAGACGAAGGUCAUGGAGAAAAAUGGAUGCUUGCAAGAGUAUAUCGAUAAAAUCAAGACUCUAUGCGAAGAAAGCCCAGCAUCGGAAUUCGACCCCAGUCGCUCAGUACUUCCAGAGCCAAAUCCUUUCGCGACCCCAGCUCAGAAUGGAUUAUCUCGAGAAUUAGCAGCCAUUCCAGGAGCACUUAUCGGGCAAGCAAUAGAGCCGAGGCCUGCACCACCAGUACAUCUUACGACGCCUGUCAUUCCGUAUGACAUCAAUUUUGGAGUCGGCCAACAGAUGUUCUUAAACAAUAAUCCUCUGCAGAGUAACCUAGGGUUGUCGGACUUCAGCGCUAUGAGUCUAGCACAGCCUCAGAUGCCAACUGCACCAUUGGCCAGUACCGACUGCUUCGCGAACACGUACAGCCCAAUGCAGCCCUUCAACUUAAUUGAUUCUCAGGGAGGCCCUGCAUACUCAAACCAGUCUCUCUCCACAUACCUGCAGAUGAUGAUGCCUGUGGAUGAAAAGGAUCGCCAUCUUCUCGAAAACUUUCUUGACAAUAUGAUGAUGUUGAUAUUCCCCAUCGUGGACGCUCAUCAGGUGGGCCCUGCCCGGAUCAGGGAAAUUUUCGGUCUUAUGCAGAAUAAUCGCGCGUACUUCCAUUGUUGCCUCAGUUUCGGCGCAAUCCACCUCAAGAGUAGCCUAGGCAUGGAUGACCAGAUGGAUCAUGACAUUAUGCAACAUCGUUAUGAUGCAAUUUCUCACCUCUGUCGCCUUCUCAGCAAAAGGAGUGGCUAUAUGCAGGUGAUCGAUGCAACACUUGCAUUUAUACUCUUCCAUUGCUCCCUUGGUACGCCAGAUGAUUAUCUGCCCGAUGUUCCAUGGACUUCCCAUUUUCAAGGAGUUGCACACCUAGUUAAGAAUCUCAACUAUGCACCCAGUCAGUUCAACGUCACCCUCAUCGCAUGGAUUGAUAUUAUUGCGGCUACCAUGGCGGGGUCGACACCGCACUUCUCUCACACCUACCGGGCGAAGCAUCUCGGUGGCCAUACGUCUGGCCUACAGCAACUGAUGGGUUGUGAUGACCGUGUUAUGUACCUGAUCUCAGAGAUUGCAUGCCUAGAGUCCUUAAGGGUAGAUGGGCUUAUAGAUGACAUGACUGUACUAAGCCACGUCUCAGCGUUGACGGGCCAGAUCGACUGGACGGAGCCAGCUGAUCCCAGACUUGAGGUGCCUUUCACAUCUUCCGGGGUCGUCAUCCCGGAAAAGCUGACCAAGAUCAUCACCUCCUUGUACCGUAUUUCGGCUCGUCUUUAUCUUUAUAGCCUGCUUCCAUCGGUCGAUUACAAUGACCCUGCCAUUACCAUCUGGUUAGCGACUAUGAUAGAAAUACUCAAGUACAUACCUGCAGGUUCCAGUGGCUUUGACCGCUGUCUCGUCUGGCCCUUGUUCAUCGCGGGAGCAUCCGCGGCGCCAUCCAGUAACUUUCGGAAAGUUCUGACCGAGAGAAUUGCUGCUCUCGGGUAUUUGGGAGAGCUUGGUAGUUUCGGCCGGAUGUACCGUGUCUUGAAGGAGGUCUGGCGAGAAUCUGGAGGACCGGUGCCAUCAAUUGGAGAUGACGAUGCUCCCCACGACCCCGAGGUGCCUUCUAAUACCAGUGGUGUUAUCAUUACCUGGCGGCUGGAAGACUCGUCACAAAAGCCUGAGCAAUCACCGCCGCCACCCGUGGGACGACAGAUCCAUUGGCGCGAUGUCAUGAAACGCAACAACUGGAACUUUUUGUUAAUGUGAUGUAGCCUCCUUGCCAAAGCACCCAGUAUCUGGAAAAUCGACUCCAAUCUGGUGGAGGACACUUGUGCAAACACGCAAUGCGAUGUGUCUUUACGGUCCAUAUCAGCACGUACUUGAUGAUAGAGGUGGCAGCGACAAUUUCGAGGUGGACUCCGGACUUGGUGGUGCAGGUUUGAAGAGGAUCUUUUCAUAAUUUGAUAUUCCAGCCAGUAUUGUUGAUUCUUCU